UCGUCGUUAGAAAAACAGUGUCAUUUGGUGGAGAAGCGAGAGAGAUCUGCGGGCUUGGACGUUGGCCGGAUGGUUAAAUCCAACCUACAGACGAUACUAAAUAGCCAUUGUUUUGUGCGCGAAAAAGAGAGAAAUAUAUCAAAAAUGCCUAUCAUCGAUCUGAAUAGUAAUAAACCCGAAAGUGAAAGUGUGCGUCGGUGCUCCCGGUGUUGCAGUAACCCGUGUCCGGGGCCUCUGUGGUGUUCCGAUGCCCCUCUCCCACCCCUGAAGAUCCCAGGUGGGCGAGGGGAAGGCCAAAGGGAUCACAAUCUUACAGCUAAGCUAUUCUAUUCUGAUUCUCAUCUGCUGGUUUUUGAGGAGCCGCCCCCACAGACUGGCCGAGUGCGCUUCCUGCUGUUUGAGGCGAAACGCGCCGAGGCCAAGGCACCGGCCUGGAGGGCGGCACUGAAGGGGGCCAGCCUCUAUGUGGAGAUUCCCCCUGGUGUCCUGCCCGAAGGCAGCAAGGACAGCUUUGCUCUGUUGCUGGAGUUUGCGGAGGAGAAGCUUCACGCGGAUCACGUCUUCAUCUGCUUCCACAAGAACCGAGACGACCGAGCUCAACUGCUUCGGACGUUUAGUUUCCUGGGCUUUGAGAUUGUGCGACCAGGUCAUCCCCUCGUCCCUUCCCGCCCUGACGCUUUCUUUAUGGCUUACAGCAUCGAGAAAGACUCAUCUGACGACGAAUAAGCUUAAUCCUCUCACACAUAUACACACACACACAUGCAUACUCACACACACAUUCACACAUUCUCACAUUCUUUAAUGUACACACUUUUUUUUUCCCACCAUCAUCCUCAGUGAAGGAUAAAGAUUCAAGAAUUUAAAGGAAAAAAAACGACUAAGUAGACAUUUCCAGUGACUUUUUUUUUUUUGUUUUUCAUUUCACGCCUCCCCUUUGGAGUUGUGCUGUAGAAACGUGACAUUUGCACUUGUUUUGGGUCUGGAUAUGGGUCUCAUUCAAGCCUUGCUUACACCUGGCACACAUUAACUUGUUACCUUUCCUACCAGGGCUUGUCCCAGUUCACUGAGGCACCUGCCUUUCCUCCUCCACUGAGUCGAGGCCACUGGAGAGGGAGGGCUGUCUGGCUGAUAUCCCACUCACUUGACUUAUCAAAUGGCCCAGUGGAAUGUCAGCCAUUUUGUUUCUGCCUAUCCAGUUACCCUAACGCAGUUUGAGGAAGGGAGGUGGUGCGAGCAAUGAACUGGGAUGGAUCCCCAGGAUUCUUAUUUGUUUGUUUGUUUCUGUUUAAUUAUCUCUAGUCCUCCAACUCCCUCCAUCCUCCACUUUUACCAAUCAUCUCUAGGGUGUAAUAUUUAUGAUUUAUGAAGGUGUCCAUGCAACAUUAAAAACAUUAUGUAAGUAGUUUUGUUCUCAUGGCUAUUUCAUGUUGAUUUUAAUGUUUGUAUUGAAUUUUUUUUUAAUGUGUGCAUGAAUCUUGAGUUUUAGUUGUGAUUUUAUUGAGACUGAAAUCUGCAUGUUGUAACAGUGCACAGAAUAAAGUGCUCAAACAGA